UUUGGAGAGUACUCCAAUUCCUCUUCUCAAACAUUAUUAUACACUUGGUGCCACUGCGCCUCUCUCUGGUCUUUAUAAGAAGUGUCUCCAGCCAUCACUCCCCAUAUCAAUCCACCCUCAAGCAAAGAAGGAUAAUCAACAUCUUACCACUUGCUUCUUCCUUCCACUCAGUCAUAAUGGCAUCCGAAUCACUCGCGCAAACCUUGGGUUCAUUAUGGACCCCAGAGCAAAACAAGCUCUUUGAGAGAGCUCUAGCAGUGUACGACAAGGACACACCAGACCGUUGGCAGAAUGUAGCUAGGGCUGUUGGAGGGAAAACAGCUGAGGAAGUGAAGAAACACUAUGAGCUACUGGUGGAGGACCUCAGACACAUUGAGUCAGGCUUGGUACCAUAUCCCAGCUAUAAGGUAUCUGGUGAUAGGGAAAGUGGAGCUAGUGAAGAGCAAAGGCUCAGGUAUUUAAAGCUCCAUUAAUAAAGCGGGGAAAUCAAGUUCACGAAAUUCGAAAGCUGUGCUGAGAAGGAAACAACUUGAAUUGUUUGGUUUAGUAUUCAUAAAAUGUCUAAGCUCGUUUACCGUCCUAGAAUCAGCUUGAACAUAAUGUGAAAAGUUGUUGAGAUUUAACUACUGCUCUUUAGUAACUUAAA